ACAACGUUUAAUAUAGCGAAAAAUGUAGCCAAAACCUGAAAUAAAACCCUAGCAAAACCCCUAAUUCUUCGUUCAUCGGAAAAUCCCACAGGUCAUGGCGAAGAACCCACGCCGACUAAUAUCAUGGUUAACAAGGCAGCUUUUCACGGCGGCAGAUGCCACAGCUGAGGCGGCGGAGGCCACAGCAGAGGCGGCUCCUCGAGCUGCGACUUCCUCGAAAAAUCCGGAAAGGCUGUACCGGAAGUUAUCGGCUCUAGGAGCGACCGGAGGCAGCGUGUCAAAGACAUUAAAUGAGUAUAUAAUGGAAGGCAAAAAUGUAGCAAAAGUAGAACUCACUCGUUGCAUCAAAGAGCUUCGCAAAUAUCGAAGAUUUGAUCACGCUCUUGAGAUAAUGGAAUGGAUGGAGAAGCGAAAAAUGAAUUUUUCGAAUGCGGACUAUGCGAUACGAAUAGAUCUUAUAGCGAAAGCUAAAGGCGUACCGGCCGCGGAGGAUUACUUCACCGGACUGCCGCCAUUGGCGCAAAAUCACCACGGCUCAUAUGGUUCUCUGUUGAAUUCAUACUGUAAGGAGCUAAUGACUGAUAAGGCAUUAGCUCAUUUUGAAGAAAUGGAUAAGAGGAAAUUUAUUACUUCCUCUUUACCUUUCAAUAAUCUCAUGUCAUUGUAUAUGAGAUUAGGUCAACCUGAGAAAGUGCCUGGUUUAGUUGAUGAUAUGAAGAAGAGGAAGAUUUCUCCAUGUUCUUUUACUUAUAACAUUUGGAUGCAGAGUUAUAGUUGUUUGGAUGAUGUCGAGGGAGCGGAGAGGGUUCUUAAUGAGAUGGUUAAAGAUUUAGGGGAAGAUAAUAUGGGGUGGACGGCUUAUAGUAAUCUCGCCGCUGUUUAUUUGAAAGCGGGAGAUUUAGAGAAAGCUGAAUCGGCUCUUAAAAUGUUGGAGAAGAGGAUGGGAUUUCGUAAUCGGGAAGCGUAUCAUUUUUUGAUCAGCUUGUAUGCUGGUACAGGUAAUGCUAGUGAGGUGAAUCGGAUAUGGGAGUCGUUGAAGUUGAGUUUCUAUUCGGUUCCGAAUUUGAGUUACCUUGUCAUUCUUCAGGCGUAUGCGAAACUGAAUGAUGUUGACGCAGUUGCUAAACUGUUUGCGGAAUGGAAAGCUGGCUGUACGAGUUAUGAUACGAGGUUGGCAAAUGUCGCUAUACGAGUGUAUUUAGAGCAUGACAUGUAUGAAGAAGCUGAAGUGAUCUUUGAGGAGGCACUUGCGAGAAAUAGAGGACCGUUCUUUAAGUCGCGGGAGAGGUUCAUGGUUUUCUUCUUGAAGAUUCAUCAGCUGGAUUUGGCUUUGAAGCAUAUGAAAGCAGCUUUUGCGGAAUCUAAAGAGUAUGAGUGGGCACCACUUGAAAGCACAGUGAAUGCAUUUUUUGAUUAUUUUUGCAAAGAGAAAGAUGUUAAUGGUGCUGAGAAGUUCUGCAAUAUCUUGAAGCAUAUUAAUCGUCUUGACGCUAAUGCGUAUAGUUUGCUCCUUAAGACUUACACAGCUGCUGGUAAACCGGCUCCUGAUAUGCGCGCCAGGCUCAAAGAAGAUAAUAUUGAUGUUAGCAAUGAGCUUGAGAACUUGCUUGAAAGAGUCUCUGACAAAUAGGUUAUAAAUUUUCAGAUCUUGAGCAACA